CUCAUCUUGUUAUUCGUGCACGAGACAAAAGGCGAGACCCUGGAGGAGCUCGACCAAGUUUUCACUGUCCCCCUUGGCACGCACACUGCAUAUGGUCUGCGCCAGAUACCCUACGGUAUCAAGAAAUUUGUGUCGUUCCAGAACCAUACCCCUGAGCAGCUUUAUGAGUUUGAGAGCGAGAGCGAG